AUGGACAUAUUGCAAUCAAGUUAUUGCAGUAGUAGUGAAAGUGAAGAAGAGGAAGAACUUGUAGAGCCCGUUCCAAUCGUUCCUCAAGCUGUUUUAGACAAGUAUUCCAUAAGCCCAAAUAUCGCAAAAUAUCAGCCUGGUUCAGAAAUGAAUUUCGUCAGAGGUAGAUGGAAUACAUUUGCUUUCAUUGAGAUGAGAACAAGUACUCAGCAGCGAGCUUUGUUGAAUAAAACUAUAGCAUGUGUAAAUGAAAAAGCGCGGUUGUUGGGUGUUGAAUUUGAGCCCCUACAUCAAAGCGAAAUGGGGUCUCCACAGCCUCUCCAUGUGUCUCUGUCUUCUAACGUCGAGUUCUCAACACGGAAAGAGCUUGACUUGUUUCCCAAAAUGCUUUCUAUAGAACUGAUGCAAAAAUUUCCACUUCAUUUUGAUGUGCAGUUUGAACCCGCUCUUAAACUGUUUGAUAAUUACGACAAGUCUGCUCUUUUUUUAACCUUGAAUGUUAGCGACAGCGUAAAAAGACGUUACUUGUCAAAGCUUUCCACUAUCAUUCAGGAAUCUAUCGAUUGCUGCAGUCUUGAAGAUAACACGAAGCAGCGACAGCAGUGGAAUUUCGUCAAUGCACACAUGUCGAUAGGUAAAACUUCUAAGACCGAAAUGACAAAGAGUUAUCUUCACGAUAUACAUGGCAACUCCGAUCAAGCGGAACUAGGCUUUACUGAAAAAUUCAGGAUGCUAAAUGACGUAAUUGACACCGUACAUUUGAAGAACUCAGAGUUAGACCAGUUCAGUUUUCGUUGCCAUGGGCUUAAAGUGACGAAGGAACGAGCCAAUAUUUGGGUGCCCUUUGGAAACUCUACGACGGUGUGA